AGGAGAAUGCGAGCUGCACUCCCAGCCGGCCGCCGCCGCCUUCCCCCGCGCCGCGUGCUCGGCGCCCCCCGGAGCUGCUUGCGUCGCCACCGCCCCCCAACUGCGGGCGCCCGGCCGCUGGCUGCGCUAGGACCCACAGCCGCCGGUCGCCGAGGGGUGCUGGCAAGGGAGCGAGGAGAGCCCGAGGGCCCGGGAGACUGGCGCCCGCCAGGGCGCAGCGUGACAUGUAGCUGUGGGCUCCCGCGCCCGCGUGAGGGUGUCAGCCCGGGGCCCCGCCAUGGCUGGGAAGGACAGCGGGAACCUGAAGACGGUGAGGCUGUGGCGGGACGCCGCCCUGCGCGCCAGGAAGCUGCGGAGCAACCUGCGCCAGCUGACCCUCAGCGCGGCCGGUGGCUGCCCGGGGGCCGGAGCUGACCAACUCGGCUCCCCCGACGCCCCCCAGCUAGUGCUGCCGGCCAACAUCGGGGACAUUGAGGUGCUGAACCUGGGGAACAACGGCCUGGAGGAGGUGCCAGAAGGGCUGGGGUCGGCGCUGGGCAGCCUGCGAGUCCUGAUCCUGCGCAGGAAUCGCUUCGCUCGGCUGCCCCCUGCGGUGGGUGAACUGGGCCACCACCUCACCGAGCUGGACGUGAGCCACAACCGGCUGACCACCCUGGGCGCAGAGGUGGUGGGUGCCCUGCGGGAAUUGCGCAAGCUCAACCUCAGCCACAACCAACUGCCAGCCCUACCCGCCCAGCUGGGCACCCUCUCCCACCUGGAGGAGCUGGACGUCAGCUUUAACCGGCUGGCGCACCUGCCAGAUUCCCUCUCCUGCCUCUACCGCCUGCGCACCCUGGAUGUGGACCACAACCAGCUCACUGCUUUUCCCCGACAGCUGCUGCAGCUGGCGGCCCUGGAGGAGCUGGACGUGUCCAGCAACCGGCUGCGAGGUCUACCUGAGGAUAUUAGUGCCCUGCGUGCCCUGAAGAUCCUCUGGCUGAGUGGGGCUGAGCUGGGCACCCUGCCCAGUGGCUUCUGCGAGCUGGGCAGCCUGGAGAGCCUCAUGCUAGACAACAACGGCCUGCAGGCGCUGCCCGCCCAAUUUAGCCGCCUGCAGCGGCUCAAAAUGCUCAACCUGUCCUCCAACCUCUUUGAGGAGUUCCCCGAGGCGCUGCUGCCCCUGGCUGGCCUGGAGGAGCUCUACCUUAGUCGCAACCAGCUCACCUCAGUGCCAUCCUUUAUCUCUGGUCUGGGCCGGCUUCUCACCCUGUGGCUAGAUAAUAACCGGAUCCGCUACCUGCCAGACUCCAUUGUGGAGCUGACCGGGCUGGAGGAGCUGGUGCUGCAAGGGAACCAGAUUGCAGUGCUGCCUGACAACUUUGGCCAGCUCUCCCGGGUGAGCCUGUGGAAGAUCAAGGACAACCCCCUGAUCCAGCCACCCUACGAGGUCUGUAUGAAGGGGAUCCCCUAUAUUGCCGCCUACCAGAAGGAGCUGGCUCAUUCCCAGCCUGCAGUGCAACCCCGCCUCAAGCUGCUUCUGAUGGGCCAUAAGGCUGCAGGGAAGACCUUGCUCCGUCACUGCCUCACUGAGGAGAGAGUGGACGGAGACCCAGGAGGAGGGGAUGAGGAGAAGAGCUACCCACCUUCCCCUCCUCCCAUGAGCAAGGGCAUCGAGGUGACUAGCUGGACCGCGGAUGCUUCCCGGGGGCUGCGCUUCAUAGUGUACGACUUAGCUGGAGAUGAAAGUUACGAGGUGAUCCAGCCCUUCUUCCUCUCUCCUGGGGCCCUGUAUGUGUUGGUGGUGAACCUGGCCACCUAUGAGCCACUCCGUUUCCCCACCACUGUGGGCUCCUUUUUGCAUCGGGUAGGGGCCCGGGUGCCUCACGCUGUGGUGUGCAUCGUGGGUACUCACGCAGACCUGUGUGGGGAGCGGGAGCUGGAGGAGAAGUGUCUGGACAUUCACCGCCAGAUCGCCCUGCAGGAGAAGCACGACGCCGAGGGCCUGAGCCGACUGGCUCAGGUGGUAGAUGAGGCACUGGCCCGGGACUUCGAGCUGCGUUCCAGCAGCCCCCAUGCAGCCUAUUAUGGUGUUUCAGACAAGAACCUUCGGCGGCGCAAGGCCCAUUUUCAAUACUUGCUCAAUCACCGGCUGCAGAUCCUCUCCCCAGUGUUGCCGGUCAGUUGCAGGGACCCCCGCCAGUUGCAGCGCCUUCGGGACAAACUGCUCUCAGUCGCUGAGCACCGGGAAAUCUUCCCCAACUUACACAGAGUGCUGCCUCGAUCCUGGCAGGUACUGGAGGAACUGCAUUUCCAGCCACCUCAGGCACAGCGGCUUUGGCUGAGCUGGUGGGACUCGGCGCGCUUGGGCCUGCAGGCUGGUCUGACCGAAGACCGGCUGCAGAGCGCCCUGUCUUACCUGCAUGAGAGCGGCAAGCUGCUCUACUUUGAGGACAGCCCGGCCCUCAAGGAGCAUGUUUUCCACAACCUCACCCGCCUCAUCGACAUCCUCAAUGUCUUUUUCCAGAGGGAUGCUUCCUUGCUGCUGCAUAAGCUCCUCCUUGGGGCCAGUGGAGAGACUGAGGGCGAGGGGGAGAUCCCCCCUCUGACGGGGCUGCCCACCCCCAGCCAGGACCUUCUCAGGGUCACCCAGCUCCAUCAUUAUGUGGAAGGCUUCCUGCUUCAUGGGCUCUUGCCAGCUCAUGUCAUUCGGUUGCUGCUUAAGCCUCAUGUCCAAGCCCAGCAGGACUUGCAGCUGCUGCUGGAGCUUCUGGAGAAGAUGGGACUCUGUUACUGCCUCAAUAAACCCAAGGGUAAGCCUUUGAAUGGGUCCACGGCCUGGUACAAAUUCCCAUGCUACGUGCAGAACGAGGUGCCCCACGCAGAGGCCUGGAUUAAUGGGACCAACCUGGCUGGGCAGUCAUUUGUGGCCGAGCAGUUGCAGAUUGAAUAUAGUUUUCCCUUUACUUUCCCACCCGGGUUGUUUGCUCGCUACAGUGUCCAGAUCAACAGCCAUGUGGUACACAGGUCGGAUGGUAAACUUCAGAUCUUUGCCUACAGAGGGAAAGUUCCCGUGGUGGUGAGCUACAGGCCGGCCAAGGGGGUCCUGCAGCCAGAUACUCUGUCCAUUGCCAGCCAUGCAUCAUUACCAAAUAUAUGGACAGCAUGGCAAGCCAUAACCCCCUUGGUAGAGGAACUGAACGUGCUGCUUCAGGAGUGGCCCGGACUGCACUACACUGUGCAUAUUCUCUGUUCUAAGUGCCUUAAGAGAGGGUCGCCCAAUCCACAUGCUUUCCCAGGAAGAACGUUGGUGAAAAGCACAGAAACCAGUGACUUUUAUGGCUGUGGAAUUUCCAUGAGAAAGGAGCAUCAGAACUCACCUGGAUCACCUUUCAAACCUGGCACACCUCCUCAUGCCCCAGGGUGCUUGGUGAACCUGAGUAAAACCGUGGUCAGGAUGCUUUCAGGAGGGUGCAGACCUGGCCUGUGGAUGAAGUGGGAGGGAUGGGGGAAGGAGGGUAGAAAAUAUGGAGCAAAUGUUUUACAACCUGAACCUCAGAACUGUGAUCCUCCAAGGAGAGCGCUACUUGAAGAAAAGAAAAAAAAGUCGAAUGGCUUCUCAGGGAUUUUGUUUUCUGUGCACAUAUAAGCCAUAGUCCAGUCCAGGUGGCAGUAUUUAGAGCACUCGGCUUUCAGUUCUGUUAAAUGUGAAAGAGGGAGUGACUGACCAUUCAUAGCUGUUCCGUAACUCAUGUAAAAUAUGUAUAUGGUUAUCUUUAUUUUUAUAAUAUGCAAAUACAUUUAAAUUUAUACAGUUUGACGCUUCUAGCAUUAGUUAACACUGGGUGCAAUAUUCUGCAUGAGAACUGUGCCAAGAUGGAGCUGGUUUCUUAUUUGAGUGUAAGACCUCUUGGUCUUAUUUCUUUGUUCUUUAGUCUUUAAUUAAAAAAAAAAGAAAAUCUCUCUAGCCACCCAGGGAUUAAGUGGAUUAAGUGUUGGUUCACAGAAGUAACCAGUGAUGAGCAGAAUCUUCAGACAUCUUCAGUGUCCCACUCGCCUUCUAAAUGAAGGUCCCUGCCUGCAAACUCCUGGGCAGGGGGGUGGGGAUCAUCCCCUGUCUUUUCCCAAUGUUGCUAGUGCCAGGGACAGUGUUCCUCACUGCAGCCCUCAUGUUGACUAAGUUUGUUACUGGUUUAUGUGCUGGUGGUGACCUGGUGUUAGGAUUCUUCAAGGGAGGGGGCAGUGGGGGGGUCAAGAAAUCCAUGGAAAGCCUGAAUCCUUGCAUAACUUACAAUAAUCAGGAAUCCAUUCUGAAGCAUGUAGAGUUCUGCUCAUAAGUACUCUCUCCCCUAGAACAGUCUUUGAAGUUUAGCAGAACAUUUCCAAAGCCUUCCACAUCUGGCUGUCAAACCUUAAGAUAGUGAGCUGCCUAAUUGGAGAGCAAAAUUCCAUAUUGAUUAUUUAUAAAUAUGGAGCCACUGAUUGGAUGUUCUGCUGCCUGGAACGAGUCAGAGCUUUGCUUUAGAAUCUCCAUGAAAUUAAACUUGAAAAAUCAAACCAAAUGAAACACUCUCUCAUAUUCCUAACUGGGGCCAAACAGCAUCAGCUGCAGUAGUGACACAUUCUCUGAAGAAUGUAAAGGUCUCUUUUCAUCUGCCACCUCCACACACAUCAAUUGAAAAUGUGUAAAACUGUUUCUCACCAGUGUAAGACAAGUGAGUCAGCUGGUAUUAUUUUCUUUUAUAAAGUAUUGGCUUUUAGAAUGCCACAAUAUACAAAAUCUCGGCAUAUUUUUAAGAGAAACAGCAAGCAAGUGAUUGCAUUGUGAAGAAUCACAAGUCGAUUUUUGUAAAAUAUGUUGUGCCCCAGGAGUUAACUUCACUGACUCCAGGACCUCCAUUUGUAAGAUCCUAAAAACUUGAAUGGGAUCAGGUGAUUUUUGCCGUUUUUAAUCCUUGAAUAGAACACCUCAAGUUGGAGAUUUCAUUUUCCUUGAAUACAGUCGCAGAUGAACCUGUUGUCACAGUUCUCGUGUGUGUGAGUGUGUACACGUGCAUGUGUGUGCAAGUGUGAACUGAAUGAUAGCGUGUAAUUACUUUAUGGACCAUUGAAGGGCUGGGCAUAAAAGUUUUUUUUAAUUGGCAUGUAAUAGUUCCUCACCUCUCAAAUGAAUGGAUUUUGGACCAGACUUUUGAAAAGACUCAUCGGUGUGCCUUUAGGAUAACUCCCUAGGGCACCAUAUUAAAUGAUAAACAGUAAAUACAUAUGCUCCUUUGGGUGACAUACCCCACAAAAUGUUUGCCAUUAUGAUGACUACGAAUGCCCACAUUCUUAAUAUCUGCUAUUUUUUGACAAGUGAUGUUUCGUCAUCUGAACCCUAGAGAAGCAGUGUAAGAAGAAAUUGUGGUGUCACAUGUGUUUUAAUAAAAAGGUCAUUGUGAUAGAGUCCUGUGACCGAAAGAAGCUCCAGAAAAGCUUGUGAACUUGCUUUAGGGUGCGGGGUGGGUUGAACACAGAAAACACUCUGCUUUAGAGCAACUUUUUGCCUUCUAGGCAGGAAAUUCCGCUUUCUCUUUCCACACCUGGAAAGACUCAGCCGCACAGACUAACAGGACAGACUGACAGGCAUCUCACUAAGCACAAGAAGAGUCUUUUCCAACCAACGAGUCCCUGGCGUCGCAAACAAAUGCCCUCCAAGUUUGUGAUGGUUUCUAUUCCUGCAACUUGUGGUAUCAAAACCACUUCCUGGAAUUGUAAAAGUGAUGCCAGAAUAAAUGUUUUCCCCCUUGAGAAAAAAAAAACAAAACAAAACACUCAGUGCUCAUAUUUGACACUGUGUAUUGGACUCUUUUGAAUGAAUAAAAAGGAAGGGUUUGGUGUAAUUCCUGAUGUGUGUGUUAUUUUUGCCACAGUUUGUGAAUUGUAAUUGUGUUUCCCCAUUUAAGUGUCAUACCAGGCAUAAAUUAAAAGAAAAAAAGUGAUUCAAAAAAGUUCAAUAAAAACACAAAGAAGUGGUUAACGAGUGA